GUUGGCUUUCCUCGCACGGUCUCCGGGCGUGGGCCCCCGCCGCAGCUCCGCGGAGCCUUGGUGUCUCCUGCAACGGGGCGGUGGGCGGGGGGAGCCACGGCGAGCAGCCCUGGGCUGCAGCUUCCUCCCCACGUCUCCUGCGCACCGCCGCCGAGGACGCGCGCCCGAGCCUUGUCCCCACGCCGCAGCACGCCCGGGCUCCCCGGUGAUUUCAGAACAAUCAACCGUGGUGACAGAAUCUGGAUCAGACUCGGAAUCCAAGCCGGACCAGGAGGCCAAGCCCCAGGAGGCGGUGGGAGCACAGGGGCACGUGGGAGCCCCUGGGCCGGAGCCGCCCACCGAGGAGCAGCAGCAGGCCCUGGAGCAGUUCGCGGCCGCUGCAGCUCACAGCACCCCGGUGCGGAGGGAGGUCACUGACAAGGAACAGGAAUCUGCUUCCAGAGCUGCAAAACAGCUCGAAUAUCAGCAAUUAGAAGACGAUAAACUUUCUUAGAAAUCAUCUAGCAGUAAACUCCCUCGGUCUCCAUUAAAGAUUGUCAAAAAGCCUAAAAGCAUGCAGUGCAAAGUGAUACUUCUAGAUGGCUCAGAAUAUACCUGUGAUGUAGAGAAACGCUCCAGAGGACAAGUGCUGUUUGAUAAAGUAUGUGAACACUUGAACUUGCUAGAGAAAGACUACUUUGGGUUUAUGUAUCGAGAUGCUGAAAACCAGAAGAAUUGGUUGGACCCUGCUAAGGAAAUAAAAAAACAGGUUCGAAGUGGUGCUUGGCACUUUUCUUUUAACGUGAAAUUCUAUCCACCAGACCCUGCCCAGCUAUCUGAAGAUAUCACCAGGUACUACCUCUGCUUGCAUUUGCGAGAUGACAUCGUGUCCGGAAGGCUGCCCUGCUCCUUCGUUACCCUGGCCUUGCUGGGCUCCUACACUGUCCAGUCAGAACUCGGAGACUAUGACCCAGACGAAUGUGGGAGCGAUUACGUUAGCGAGUUCCGCUUUGCACCAAACCAGAGGAAAGAACUGGAAGACAAAGUGAUCGAGCUGCUCAAGAGCCACAGAGGGAUGACGCUGGCAGAAGCAGAGAUGCAUUUCUUGGAAAAUGCCAAAAAAUUGUCCAUGUAUGGGGUCGAUUUACAUCAUGCUAAGUACUCAGAAGGAGUAGAAAUUAUGUUAGGAGUUUGCGCAAGUGGUCUGUUGAUAUAUCGUGACCGGCUGCGAAUAAACAGAUUUGCCUGGCCCAAGGUUCUAAAGAUUUCAUAUAAACGGAACAACUUUUACAUAAAGAUCCGGCCAGGAGAGUUUGAACAAUUUGAAAGCACCAUUGGGUUUAAGCUGCCAAACCAUAGAGCUGCCAAGCGUUUAUGGAAAGUUUGUGUUGAGCAUCAUACAUUUUUCAGACUGUCGUUACCAGAAGCACCUCCCAAGAAAUUCUUAACCUUGGAUUCCAAGUUUCGUUAUAGUGGCAGGACACAAGCGCAGACGAGAAGAGACAGUGCACUGAUAGAUCGCCCAGCGCCUUACUUUGAACGCUCGUCCAGGAAACGUUAUACCAUGUCUCGCAGCUUGGAUGGAGCAUCAGUGGAUGAAAACCAUGAAAUAUACAUGAAGGAUUCUAUGUCUGCUGCAGAGGUUGGUACUGGCCAGUACGCCACAACAAAAGGCAUCUCUCAGACCAACUUGAUCACCACUGUGACUCCGGAGAAGAAGGCCGAGGAGGAGCGAGACUAGGAAGAGGAUAAACGGAGGAAGGGGGAAGAAGUCACGCCCAUCUCGGCCAUCUGGCACGAGGGAAAGACUGAGCGCACAGACACCACAGCCGACGGGGAGACCACCGCUACUGAGGAGUUAGAAAAAACUCAAGAUGACCUGAUGAAACAUCAAACCGACAUUAGCGAGCUGAAAAGAACCUUCUUAGAAACCUCGACAGACACUGCCGUCACGAAUGAAUGGGAGAAGAGGUUUUCCACCUCCCCCGUGCGACUGGCCGCCAGGCAGGAGGAUGCCCCCAGGAUUGAACCACUUGUUCCUGAAGAGAAAAUGGAAACCAAGACGGAAUCCAGCGGAAUUGAGACGGAACCCCGCUCACACCACCUACCACUUAGCACUGAGAAGGUGGUGCAGGAGACUGUGCUGGUGGAGGAGAGGCGUGUGAUGCACACAAGUGGGGUUGCUUCUUACACAGCAGGAGACGGCGGCGAUGCCACAGCACUGCCCACAUUCACGGGGGCUUCUAGUGUUAAAGGGAAGGAGGGCUCUGCCUUGAUGGACGGGGCUAAAGAGGAACCAGGGGAGGAGGUCGCUAAAGCUGUGCUGGAGCAGCAAGAGACAGCUGCUGCUUCCCGCGAGCCACAAGAGGAGCAGAGUGCAGCCAUCCACGUUUCAGAAACUUUGGAACAAAAACCUCAUUUUGAGUCCUCAAUGGUGAAGACGGAAACCAUCAGUUUUGGCAGUGUUUCACCAGGAGGAGUAAAGCUAGAAAUUUCUACCAAGGAAGUUUACACUGAAACCAAAACCAUCACAUAUGAACCAUCACAGGUCGAUCCCGGCACAGAUCUGGAGCCGGGCGUGCUGAUGAGCGAGCAGACGAUCACAUCUGAAACCACCAGUACCACCACCACUACGCACAUCACCAAAACUGUGAAAGGGGGCAUUUCAGAGACAAGAAUUGAGAAGCAAAAAGUCAUCACGGGAGAUGCAGACAUUGACCAUGACCAGGAAUACCUUAGCUUGCACAUGAAUGCAGCCAUGCAAACCAUUAGGAAAACCAGAGCCUAUGUGGAGUUCCCUCUUCUAACCCAACUGACUUGUAUCUGUCCGUGGAAAAUUUCAAUCCAGAAGAAUUGACCUUGACCAUUAAUAAAGACCCUGGCAGAGAGAUCCUCCCAUAAUAAAGCAAUCUGAUUCAGCAUCACGAAACUGAUAAUGCAUGAAGCAACAAUAAAAUUACAAAUAGCAGCAUUUUAAAUUUUCACAAAAUGUCUCAGUUUUCAGCUAUACCUGCACGUUCAUAACCAACAAUAUAAACCGUGAUUUCAUGUAACACAUAAGCUAUUCAUGCCUUUCAUAGUUUAUUAUUAUUAAAGUCUAAACAAAAUUGCAAUUUCUUAGGUAACAAAUCUUUUGUUUAUAGUUAAACAAAGAUUACCCUCAAAUGCUAGAAGCUGUCUAGGUCUAUCUGAUGUGUCAGAUUUUUUCCAGAUUAGAUGUGCCAAUAAUCAAGUUUAUUCAGUAAACAACUUAUACUUGUUUCAUCUGGUUUUUUUUGCUCUCACCCAUAAACAGUAAUGACUCUCUGACCCUCUGGAAAUAUUUAACGCUUACAAUCUUGCUUUGUGUAUCUCAUUUAAUUUGUUAUAAGGUAAUACUGAUUUUAGCAUAUUAAUUGAUUUCUUCUUCAUUGUUUGCUUUGGUCUGUUCAAUCCGGAGAGGUUUUCAGAGUUCCCUAACCAGUCCUAAAUAUGUAAAUUGUCAUUAUUUUGGGAAGAAAAACCUGUAUUUUUGUUAGUUUACAAUAUUAUGACAUUUCACUUCAGGAGAACCUGUUGGGCUUCCUGUGGCUUUGUUUUCUUAGUUUCUUUUUCUGUGUAUUUUUAAAUUGAUUUUUCUUCUUUUACUUGAAAAGAGUGUUUUAUUUUCAAAUCUGGUCCAUAUUUACAUUCUAGUUCAGAGCCAAGCCUUACACUGUACAGAAUUUACACUGUCAUUAAAACUAUUUAGUGUUAUAAAUAGUCUUCAAAAAGAGAGAUUCUCCAUUACACAGUCACCUGCAUCACAGCCCAUGGUGAAUGUAUGUUUCUGCAUAGCAAAAUAAAAACGGAAAAUGCACUGAAAAAAAAAAAAGAACAGUAAUGUAUAAAAUUAUCAUAUCAUUUUUUUCUUUGUCUUGGGAAAUAUAAUUAUUUCAACAGACCAGAAAACUAAGCAGUAUGAUUAGCAUAUUAUUUUAAAGUCAGAAACUGUAGGAAGUCAAACAAUAAGCAAAAGGUGGCUUGACGAGUGUGGAAUCAGUAUCCUAUUUGAACGUGGAAUUGCAUCAAGCUAAUCCGUGCUAUGCUCGUCACCACAAUGGAGUGACGAAUGCCAAUGGCGCUGCAAUACCCACGACUGGCUGAAACUCCUUCUGACUUCACAUGUGCUUGAAUGGUCAGCAUGAUAUUUGUUCUCUAAGUAUCUGUGUCUCACCAGAUUUUCUUCUGGUUGCCUCAUCUUUCUUUAGUUAAUGAAAAUUAAUAAGAUUUUAAUUAAGUAUAACCUAUCUGAGAAGAUUGCUAACAUUGAUACAAUAUGCUCAACUUUCUCUCUCAAGGUAUAAACAAGCCUGAAAGUUCAAAAUCUGCCUUGGUUCUGUGUCUUGCCUGGUAUCAAAUAUCAUUUUUAAUUUCUUAAAGCAAAAAGAAUUUUUUAACAAUUAAUAGAAAGCAAUAAAAAUAGCCAACAAUGUAUAUAGGUGUGUUAAAUGUACAUAUUUAAACUAUCACAGUAUCUCCAAUGUGUUUUCUUCUAUAUACAUAUGGAUAGGGCCAGGCACAGUGGCUCACCCCUGUAAUCUCAGCACUUUGGGUGGCCCAGGUGGGGUGGAUCGCUUGAGCCCAGAAGUUCGAGACCAACCGAGGCAACAUGGCAAGUCUCUGUCUCUACAAAAAAUAAAAAAUAUUAGCCAGGCAUGGUGGUGGACGCCCAUAUUUCCAGCUACUUGGGAUGCUGAGGAUGACUUGAGCCUUGGAGAUCAGAAAUGCUGUGAGCCAUGAUUGUGUGGCUGCACUUCAAACUGGAUGACAGAGCAAGACCCUGUUUCAAAAAUCAAAUAAAGUAAUAAAAACUAAAUAAAUAGGUAAAUAAAUAAUUAGAUACUGGUAACUCAUUCACAGUGAAACAGAACAGAAAGCCCCCAAAUAAACCAUGAGUAUAAGAUGAAUUGACCUUUGAUAAGGGUGCCAAAAAUACACUAUCAGGAGAAGGUGAUUUCUUUAAGAAAUGGUAUUGGAAAAACUGGAUGCAAAAAUAAACAAAACUAUACCUCUACCUUAUACCACGCACAUAAUUAAAUCAAAAUUAAUUGAAAACUUACUUAAAUAUAAAACCUGAAACUUUACAACUUCUAGAGGAAAAGCUUCUUGUCAUUUGCCUUGGCAAUUAUUCUUGCAUGUGUCACCAGAAGGAAAGGCAGCAAAAGCCAAAAAUAUUCAAGUGGGACUACAACUAACUAAAAAGCAAGAGAAAAAUCAACCUAAGGAAAGUUAAUCAAAAAAUGAGAAGGUAACCUAUGAAAUGGUAAAAAAGAAAUGGAAAUUACAUAUCUGGUAAGUUCUUAAUUUGCAAAAUACAUUUAAAAACUCCUAGAAUAGCAAAAACAACAAAUAGCAACACAAAAACUCCUAUACUGAAUAGCAAAAACAAUAAAUAGCAACAAAAAACUGAAUAAUCUAAUUGAAAAAUGGCCAAAGGAUGUGAACAGAAAUUUCCCCAUUUAAAGGCCCAACAGGUGGAUAAAAAGAUGCUCCAUAUUAUUAAUUACCAGGAAAAUGCAAAUCAAAACUGCAGUGAGAUACCACCAUACCCCUGUUAGGAUUCCUAUUAUCAAAAAAGCAAAAGAUAAGCUGAGGACGUGAGAAAAUGGAACUCUUAUAUACUAUUAGUGAGAAAGAAUCAUGCAGCCAGUGUGAUGGAAAACACGGUUAAGGUUCCUCAAAACGUUUUAAAUGAAUUAGUAUAUGACCCAGCAAUUUCUCUUCUAUGGAUAUAUCCAAAAUAAUUCAAAUCAGAAUCUAGAAGUGAUAUCUGCACUCCCAUAUUUAUUGCCACAUUAUUCACCACAGCCAGGAUACGGGGAAAAAAACAGUGUCCCUCAACAGGUGAAUGGAUAAAAAUGUGAAAUAUGCAGUCAAUGAGAAUGUACAGUAGAGUAUCAUUAAGCCUAAAAAGGAAGAAAAUUAGCCAUUUGUAGCAACAAAGAUUAACUUGAAAGGCAUUAUGCUAAGUGAAAUAAGCCAGUCACAGAAGUAUAAACAGUGUAUGAUUCCACUUUAUAUAAGGCGUUUAAAAUAGUCAAACUCAUAGAAGCAGAGACUAUAAUAGUGACUUCCGGGGACUGGGAGGUGAGAGAAAUGGUUGUGGAUCAAUAAAUAUAAAAUUGUCAUUAUGCUAAUUGUAGUUAUGCUAGAUAAAUUAGUUCUAGAGAUCUGUUGUACAGCCUAGCACCUGUGGUUAAAAACAUAGCGUUGUGCACCUCAAAAUUGUAAGGAGGAUAAACAUCAUGUUAAAGAUUCUUACCACAGUUAGACACACACAGAAAAAGAAAAAAAAAAGAAAAAGGAACACCAAGAAAAUAUGGAAGGUGUUGGAUCUACUGCCUUGAUUGUGGUGGUGCUAUCACAGGUGCUUGCAUAUGUCCAAACUCAUCUUUAGCAUAAAUGCAUUAGAUGUGUGCAUUUCUUUGUACAUCAAUUAUAUUUUUUUCCCAUUUCAUUUUAUUUUUUCAUGCAUGGGAAAACUGAGGCACAGAGAGGUAAAGUGACGUGUUCAGGUCACGUAGCAAGUUAGUGACAGAUCCAGGGAGAGAAUCUAGGCUUCUUGACCCCCAAACACCUUGUGUUUACCAUCAAACACCAUUCCCUCUCCAACCAUGGCCAGGCAAACCCGCAGAAAUAGGAACUACAAAUGUAGAUGAUUCUCUUUUAUCCAUUUUCAUCUGCUGUUACAUUAGUAUUAUGUGCACGGAACUACGGUUUUGAAAUUCAAUGGCUUCAUCGAUACCUCAAAGAACAGCCUAAAGGCAAAUGUUUCAAAAAUAAUGAGCUGACACAUAAGAAGACUGCUCACAGUUAGUGUAAAAUUAUGGACAAUGGGCAGAGGCACUCAACUGUUACCAGUUCUUGUCAUAUAAUUCUGGUCAAACAUAACAGAAUACAGUAACUCUAGUGAUUAGAAGUAGUUAUAUACAAAGACAAACAAGUUAAAGCAGCCUUUAAAAUAGCUGAACAAGAAAACAGCUAACUAUUGCACAAUGCCCUCUUAAAGUUACUGCUAUGAAUUGACCUAGUAAAAUCUACAAUGCUCCAUAAUUUAUAGGUGCAUUUUGGUUACUUGAUUUCUUAUACAGGCAGCUCAUGGUGUUAAAAUUAUAAGAAAUACAGAUUAUUAAAGCAUUUUAGAUUAAAGUACACAUUUUAAUUUAAAUGAGCUGAACAGUUAAAUAACUGAGUGACAAAAUGGUAGUUUAGGGCAGUCUUAUCUGAGUGAACACACCUUCUAUAUGUUGCUGUUGCUUUGUGCUAAUGCUCUUGACAAAACUGAAAUCCUAGCCCUGUAACUACACACGCUGUGAUUCAUGUUUACAGAUAUAGAUGAGCAAGACAUAAGAAGUGACUGGUGAAUAUAAAUUACUAAACUGUAACAAAAACAAAACUCAAAGGCUUGCAAAAGACAUCAGUGUGAAAAUAGAAUGAAGGUAAAUCUGAAAAUUUAAAGAAAAACUAAGAAUAAGAAUAAGAAAAACUAAAAAAUAAGAAAGCUAGCUUUUGGUAUCUGGCUUGUGUUUUUUUUCUUUAAA